AUGGAGGUGAUUGCAGGACCUACUUUCUCAAUCGAGGUAUCGGAAUACGGAACCGAUCUACCGGCGAAUUUGAAAGCUUCUUCUUCCUCCUCCUCCGGUGAGGCAACGAACGAAGACGGAGGAGGAGGAGGAGGAGGAGGUCUGAGUCGUCCCGGAAGCGGAAUCUGGUCCGGACAGACGGCGGAUUACUCGUCGGAAAGUUCGUCUUCGAUCGGAACGCCGGGAGACAGCGAGGAUGAGGAAAGCGAAGAAGACAACGACGACGUUUCGUCUAAGGAAUUAGGGCUUCGAGGAUUGGCUUCAAUGAGCUCCCUCGAAGAUUCUCUCCCCAGCAAGAGAGGAUUAUCGAAUCAUUACAAAGGGAAAUCGAAAUCGUUUGGGAAUUUAGGAGAGAUCGGGAGUGUGAAAGAAGUGCCGAAGCAAGAGAAUCCAUUGAACAAGAGAAGAAGAUUACAGAUCUGUAACAAACUGGCGAGAAGGUCGUUUUAUUCGUGGCAGAACCCUAAAUCGAUGCCUCUGUUACCAGUAAACGAAGAUGAGGAUGAUGAUGAUGACGAGGAAGACGAUGAGGAUCUGAAAUCUGGGUUUGGUGAGAACAAAUCAACUUCGAGCGACGAAGAGAGAGGAGCGAGAGCAGCGAGAGGAGUUGUUGCGAGGAAACCGUCGUUCAAGAACAGAGCAUUCAAGUCUCGGAGUUGUUUUGCGCUCUCAGAUCUGCAGGAAGAAGACGAUGAUCAAUAA